AGCUGAUGAUGAUGAUGAUGAUGAUGGCCAACCUUUAGCUGGAAACGCUACGGAACUUAGCCAACAGCUAGCGGUGUAGCGUCGUAAAGAUGUAUCCGACGUGUUAGCUGACCGUCGUAUGAGUGUGUGUUUAAGAGUUCAGCCUCGGCGUGUUGAUGAACACAGACAGUUUAGUAAAUGUCCCUCUAGACUUCCCCGGUUCUUCAGUACCACGCGUAGCGUAGCUCGAUGCUACUUAGUUAGCCGCCUGGUGUAGUUUGACAGUAGGACCAGAGGAGUGUCCGGCUAGCCGGCUAACAGCUAGCUGCUUAGCUACAACACAGCAAGCUGGCUAGUUAGCUUUCUGUUUGGUGAACUACUUCGGUCUGGCUCGGCUCAGUUUGGACGCUGCUGUCUUUCAGGUGGUAUCAACCCAUGCAAGCCCUGGAUGAGGUCUGGCCCUUGGCUUCCUAUGAUGUUCAGAGCUUUAUUAAUUGCCUCGUCUGACCACUCUUGGUUCAUUUAACUAGACAUUACUACUCCCAAACCAAUCCCACAGCUCUAUUUGGCAACAGUAUGAUCAUUCACGCUGACCCCACCCAGCCCACUGGGACAAGAAUACCCCAAAACCAAGCUCUCCAAAUGAUAUGAUAGUAGCCACCUGGAUCACUUUUUGUGCUUGCAGGAGCCUUGCACAGGUUCUGCUCUUCCUUUCCUCCUCAAACUCCCUUUCUCCAUUCUGGGAGACCCUUGCCAGUGUGGUCUCCGGUACUGGAACCAUGGGUAACAGCUGUGUGUGCCGAGAGGAUAGUGACGUGGAGGACCAUCAUCACGGGACGACAAGGGCAACCCGAGGACAAGCUAGGCGAGUGGAUCAUGGUACGAGUGUUGGUGGUGAUGUCGUGGAGGCACGGAGCAGUCGACCCAGGGACCCAGUCAGGCCGCCACGCAGAGGGCGAGGGCCUCAUGAGCCGAGACGGAAGAAACAGAAUGUGGAUGGCCUGGUGCUGGACACAUUGGCUGUCAUCAGGACACUUGUAGACAAUGACCAAGAACCUCCUUACUCCAUGAUCACUUUGCACGAGAUGGCAGAGACAGAUGAUGGUUGGCUCGAGGUUGUCCAGUCACUGAUUCGAGUGAUCCCAUUGGAUGAUCCGCUUGGCCCAGCAGUGAUUACCCUUCUAUUGGAUGAGUGUCCCCUGCCUACAAAGGAUGCUCUUCAGAAACUGUCUGACAUGUUGAGUCUGAGUUCGGCUGUAGCCCGACAGGACGCUCUGAACCCUGCCAAACACAGGAACACUACAGCUGUCCUGGGAUGCCUGGCAGAGAAACUGGCUGGUCCUGCUAGUAUUGGAUUGUUGAGCCCUGGAACCCUUGAGUACCUUCUAGAGAGCCUGAGCUCCGAGGCCCACCCGACUGUCAUGCUGUUUGCUCUCAUCGCUCUGGAGAAGUUCUCCCAGACCAGUGAGAACAAACUGACGGUGUCUGAGUCGUGUAUCAGCAACAGACUCUCUGUGUUGGAGUCGUGGGCAGAGCAUCCCGACUACCUGAAGAGGCAGGUCGGGUUCUGCUCGCAGUGGAGCCUCGACAACCUGUUCCUGAAGGACGGCCGUCAGUUCACCUACGAGAAGGUCAACCUGGCAAAUAUCAACGCCAUGCUCAACAGCAACGAUGUCAGCGAGUACCUCAAGAUCUCUCCCACUGGACUGGAGGCUCGAUGCGACGCCUCGUCCUUUGAGAGCGUGCGCUGUACGUUCUGCGUGGACUCGGGCGUCUGGUACUACGAGGUGACGGUCAUUACAUCAGGCGUGAUGCAGAUCGGUUGGGCCACCAAGGACAGCAAGUUCCUCAACCAUGAGGGUUACGGGAUCGGAGACGAUGAAUACUCAUGUGCAUACGAUGGCUGCAGGCAGCUCAUCUGGUACAACGCUCGCAGUAAACCUCACUCUCACCCCUGCUGGAAGGAGGGAGAUGCCAUUGGCUUCCUGUUGGACCUCAGUAAGAAGCAAAUGAUCUUCUAUCUGAAUGGACAUCAGCUGCCGCCAGAGAAACAGGUCUUUUCCUCAGCCACGUCUGGUUUCUUUGCAGCAGCCAGCUUUAUGUCAUACCAGCAGUGUGAAUUUAACUUUGGGGCCAAGCCUUUCCGUCACCCACCUUCUGUCAAGUUCAGCACCUUCAACGAUUUCGCUUCAUUGCUGCCUAGUGAAAAGAUCAUUCUACCCAGACACAGACGUCUGGCCUUACUAAAGCAGGUUAGCAUCCGAGACAACUGCUGCACGCUGUGUUGUGAUGUCAUGGCUGACACGGAGCUGCGGCCCUGUGGACACGGUGGGAUGUGUAUGGAGUGUGCCUUACAGUUAGAAACGUGCCCUCUGUGCCGCCAGGACAUCCAGACCCGCGUCAGACUCAUUGCACAUGUCUCCUGACGAACCUCCUGCUUCUUCUCCAAGAAGGAGAGACACACAAGCCCGACAGCCUCCUCCUCCUCCUCUUCUGAUCCCCUCUCACCCAGCAGGGCUGCCAGGAUGGAGCCGCAAUGCUGUAAUGAUACCAGAACUGAGAGUUCUGGUAAAAGGAGGUGACGAUGGAGGGGUGGAGAGAAGAAAAAGAGGAGAUGAGAGGAGGGGAAAUAAACCAGAGCUGGAUCCCCAUAAGCUUUCUCCUCUUUUAUAUCCUUCUGACAAUUCACUGCAGAAGCUGGGCCAAGAAUCGUUAACUUUCUACCAACAGUGUGUAUUUCAGACAAGAAGAGCAGAAACAGUUUAACGAGAUGACAGACGGAACAAACCUCUCCUCUGCGUAGAGUUAGCAGACAUCCUUCCUGUGGCGUGAGCUUUCAGCCCAGAGGCUACUACUAUUUAAUCCCAUCAUAGUCAUGCACAUGUCUGCAGAUCUGAAAGGGCUGGGUGACAGAAAGAACGAGUACAGUAUUAAAUUCAUGGUACAGAUAAAUUUGAGAUGACUCUCACUUUCAUGUCUUGGCGUAUAGAAAUGCAAAUUUUGAUGUUCUCAAGGUAGGAUUUUCAUUCUCUUGUGUCAAGUCUACUCCUAUUCUUUGGCCAGCUUCACUGUCUGUACUGAUUAAUUGCCCACUGGUAGAGUUGGGAAAAAUGAACUCAUUGGGUAAAAAUAAGAAGUCAGAAAGCUUUAAAAUUGAGGAAUUAUUCCAAAAGUUGAAUUUUUCAAUUUUUGUUUACAACAUUAAAUCAGCUGUCAAACAACAAAUAACGUUAAUGACAAAAUUCUUGUUUUACAACCAGUUAAAGAAAUGCAAAACUACUUGAAUCUGUAUUAGAAGAAACAGAUUUGAAGCUGGACUGACCCUGCUGCUUUUGUGCUUAAUUGCCUUUGCUCAUGUGUUGCUGUUUCCCCAGAUUAUAAUGUAUGUAACAACCACAACAAAUAAAUACAGAGACUAGAAUUUACAGAACCCUAAUCUGUAAAUGAAAACACCCCAAUAAUAACUGCUUAUGUUUGAGAACUGGGGAAAAAUUUGAUUACAUUUCCUACACCACCUUCUGAAUUUCUCUGGGUUUGCUUGAUUGGUGCUAACAAUUUGGCAACAACUUGUAAAGCUGCGCCACCGUGAGCCAUGCUCACUUUAGGGGCGGCAAAGUAAAUAGGUCUUAAUUUUUGUUUGUAAUGACAAACAUGAUGUGUCUGUAUUAAGACGACUAAUUUCAAUCCUCAAGAUGUGAUUUCAUUUUAUAUGAUAAAUGAUGAUGGUGCUGGUGUAGAAACGUGGUUGAGAGGUACAACAGGUUUUGUUGAUUGACAGUGUUGUAUUAGCAGAUCAGUAAAUUGCUUAAAACAAAUGUGAAAUGUUUAAGUGAAUCGUUAUUCCUCAAUAUCAGUUUACUAAAUAUCCCCGGGUCAUUCUAAGAUGUUGUCAUUUUGGGCCUGGUUUGGCAGUGAAAUAUUUGAUGUGAAUUAGAAAAGAAACUACCCACAACACAGUGACAUCAUCUGAAGAGUGUGGGCUUCAGUACAGAAUUUUUUUAAUUUAUGUUUCACUUUCUACAGAUCGCAGCAUACCAAAUUGAUCUUGUCUAAACACAUUUGUCAGUGGAAAAUGUGCUUUCCCUCUUUGUGCUUUAUAUAACAUGGCAAUCUCUCUGCUCUCAUUUCUACAUCUUCCUGUCUGUCUUACUGUCCAUCCUUUACUUGAAGCAUCUCUGGGUUGACUGAAUGGCAUUUGUAUUUUGGAAACAGGUGACGAAAUAUGAGUUAUCGGUGUUUCAAGAAAAAUUCUAUUUGUAAAAUUUAAGACAUAUUCAAUGACAUUUAAAAUAAUCAAACUGAAUAAGUUUGCUUUUAUUUUGGUCAAAUUAUUUAUGAAAGGGUUACUACUCCACCAAAUUGCAUGAACAGAAUCUGUAAAAAUCGUUCAGACUAUACUGGAAAGAUUUCUAAAAGGUAACAUGCAUCUGUCAGUAGGACAAAAGGCUGGUCUGAUCGCUGUUUGCUAUCUUGUAUUUCCUGGAGCACCUUAUACUGUACAUGCAGGUGAGAGAACUUAUUAUUUGUCUCUACGAUUGGAGAUAAAUUUCAGGAUUGUAAAAAAUAAGAUAUGGGUUGUAUUUAAAAACAUCUAUAAAGGAAUUUUGCCCCAGAGUUCCCAAAGAUGUGAUUGAAGAAUUGUUGUUUCCUGGAUUGUGAUAUUUGUAAUAAAUGUAUGUUCAUGUGA